AUGGAACUCUGGAAUACCACCUUAGUAAAUAGUUUUUUCCUCAUUGGAAUUCUACAGGACAGCAGGUCUCCUGAGGUUGUCUGUGCAGUAAUUACACUCCUCUACCUGGUUGCCAUGGCUAGUAAUGGCCUCCUGCUCCUCUUGAUCACUUUGGACAAUCGGCUCCAUAUGCCCAUGUACUUCUUACUCAGCCAGCUCUCACUUAUGGAUCUGCUCUUAACAUCUGUUGUUGCCCCAAAGACACUGGCUGAUUACCUGUGUGGACAAAACACUAUUUCUUUUAUAGGUUGUGGGCUUCAGAUGUUUUCAGAACUGACACUUGGGGGUGCUGAAGAUAUAUUGUUGGCUUUCAUGGCAUAUGACCGCUACGUGGCUAUUCGUUACCCUCUGAAUUAUAUGGUAUUAAUGAGACCAGCUGUUUGCUGGUCUAUGGUAGCUAUAUCCUGGCUCUUGGCAUCUCUAAGUGCCCUUGUGUAUACCAUUUAUACAAUGCACUUCCCUUUCUGUAAGACCCAAGAGAUCUACCACCUGUUUUGUGAAAUCCUUCCAUUACUAAAGCUGGCAUGUGCUGACACAUCUCAGUAUGAGCUAAUGGUAUACACAAUGGGUGUGACCUUCCUCCUGAUCCCCCUCUCUGCUAUUGUUGCAUCAUAUACUUUAGUCUUAUCUGCUGUGUUCCACAUGCCCUCAGCACAGGGGAGACAGAAAGCUCUCCUUACCUGUUCAUCCCACUUGACAGUGGUUGGGCUAUACUAUGGACCUGCCACAUUCAUGUAUGUCCUGCCCAGUGCCUACCACAGCCCUAGGCAGGACAAUAUCUUGUCUGUGUUCUACACCAUUGUCACUCCUGCCCUAAAUCCUCUUAUCUACAGCCUGAGGAACAAGGAUGUGGUGGGGGCCCUGAAGAAGGUACUAGGGAAAAAUUCCUCAGAGCAGAGAUGGUAGCAUCUGGAUGAGUCAAGAAUAUUGCUUCUUAGAGAUGAGACCUAUCAUUCUCUGCUGGUACUUACAUUCUCCUUCCUGUUUCUAUCCUUCUGAGAAAUUGCCUUGGAAGCUUUUUAAAGCCACAAUUUGAGUUUGUUCUUUUAUCUUCUACCACUCUAAAUUUGGUCCCUACAGGGUGCAUGGACUUAGUUCUUAUACAUUCAUUUAUGUGACCUUAUUAAAUUUCUCUUUUGGGUCUCAUCUUAUUAGUA